AUGAGCUCAAAGGAUAACUUGGCCCUGGAUCUGGAGCACGGCGUGCGACGCUGGGAUCGCGCUCGCUGGAUAUCCGUCUUCAGCUCGCAUAACCCGACUAUACGCGAGGUGACGGAAUGCUUGGGCCUGGGCUUAUCGGCGUCUUCGUCCACGACCAACCGCGGCAUUCCGAAAUUCGACAACCCAGACUACCGCAAGCUCUCGAGUGAGGUGACGAAGCUGUCCAAGGAAUUGCCAAAAGAAAGAGAUUUGUUGCUGGAUUUCGCGGCGGAUCCGAGUUCCCUGAACCAGGAGCUCGAGGACCUGCUAGCGAGUUACGGACCCGCUAUUUGGGGCAGGGAUGCGGAUCGCAGCUGUUUACUCACGCCGGAUGCGACCAAGAAGACGUAUAACAAAGAUCUGUUCUACGAGGAGCCGGAGCAUAAGGAUAUUCUGAAGAUUCAUCUGCAUCGGUGGAUCAUCAUCAAAGCUUGCUACUACAUUCGCAACAUGAAGUUGAAGAGACCAUCGGGUGCGAAUGAGUAUGAUCAGCUUGCAGACAUUGAUGCCGAAGGCCUGUCACCGCAUGGGACGCCACAGUCACUCACCCCACCAGAUCCGGAUACUGUUGCAGGCGCUGACCUUGACGUUAAACCCAUUAAUCUAAAGAAGCGCAAGAGCAAUGCUCACCUCACCAUGUCCGACGAUGAAGAUCCUGAGGCUUCGCCUAUCAAAAGGCCUUACAGCACUAUGCCUGUGAGCCGUAAGGGCAGCCCAAGGAAGUCACUCAAGUCACUGUAUCCUGCCGGCCUGGGCAGCAUGGAGAACAUACCUCCUAUGCCGACGCACAUGCAUCGUUUCUCGCCAGCACCAGGAACCGCAUCUGAACCCUCACGGAUACAGCUCAGUCCUCUAUCAAACAAUGACUUGAACGGCGUGUCAAGGCCUCCUGCUAUCACACAAAGCUCCGCGCCCGCAGGCUUCACGGCUGUCAACAAUGGAGGUUUCACUGCUGUUAACAACACGCCUCCACCAAGCGAGCCACCUCGAGAGCCAACACAGGAAGCAUCCCGAGAACCGUCGAGAGAAGUGCAUCGACCCCCUCCUGUGCUGCCAUGGCUCGAUCUGCUACGGAAACCCCUCGGUCUGCACCGCCAGCUACUCCUACACCAGCUUCGAGUCAAGGGUUUCAAGCAGUGA